UAUGACCCCGGCGAUUAACACUCUGAAUCUUUGGUCCGGCCGGGACUUUUUCUAGUCAGCUUGAUUGUCUAGGUAUAUUCUUAGGAGAAAUAUGUUUAUUCAUGGAUCACCUUCUCGCCUCUCCUCCACGUCACGCGAGCCUGCCGAAUCUUCUGCAUGUUAUUUGAUGACACAUACAGUACUUUGAGUAUUCAGGGCGUAUUUUUCGGCCAUUCCAAAAUGGUAUUACUCUCCUGUGCCACUUCAUGAUGCGGUAUGCGGGACUACCGUCCGUAUAGGACCGUUCUUUCUCAUCCCAUCCACCAUGCUACCCUUAUCUCUGGGUUGGAAAAGUCUUCUUGUGCUCUGCUUUACUGUCCUCGGGGCCUCUUCGUCGGUGAUAAACACGACGGUUGCACUGGACUACGGAACAUUCACCGGGUUGCAAGACGAGGAUGCAGGAAUUAUCUACUUUCGCGGAAUAGCAUUUUCGGACCCUCCUGUGAACGAUCUGAGGUGGAGGGCACCAGUGUUCCCUCCUUCUAAUCAUCUGGGGAACGUAGAUGCUACUCAAUUUGGCGAUGUAUGCAUUGAAACGGCCACGUCUACAGUUCCUAGUGGUGCCUCUGAGGACUGUUUGUUCAUCAAUGUCAACAUCCCCAUUGGAACUGAUACCGCUGAUAAACUACCGGUCUUGAUCUACUUUCAUGGCGGCGGAUUUCAAAGUGGCAGUUCGAUUGGGUUCCCGCCAAAUGCUUUGUUUCAAUCCUCAGCUAAACCAUUCAUUUACGCUUCGUCGCAGUAUCGCUUGGGACAGUUUGGAUUUCUGGGCGGCUCGAAGCUAAAGGCUAAUGGCGCCCUGAACGCAGGACUGCUGGACCAACGGGCUGCUCUUCGAUGGCUCCAGAAAUAUAUUUCCCACUUUGGUGGCGAUCCUAAGCGCGUGACAAUUUGGGGCGAAUCAGCAGGCGCCGGGUCUACGAUGUUCCAGGUUGUUGCGAACGGAGGUGACACGGAAGGUCUCUUCGUAGCAGCAAUGGGUGAUAGUCCUUCCAUGAGCUUCACACCUGCAUUCGAUAGUGUAUAUGUCGAAGGGAUUUUCACAGAUUUCGCAGUAAACGUGGGCUGUGACCCAGACAAGGACCCUAUGACGUGUCUCCGCGAAGCUGAUGUGAACGAUCUAACAGCGGCUGGGAAUAAGGUUCUCGCGUCAAAGCCCACGACUAUUUUUUCCUUUGCCCCUAUCUUGGAUGGUUCGUUCAUAUCGAAAAGGCCCGUGGAGGCUUUCAGAGAAAGGACCUUUGCUCAGAUACCUCUCUUCUAUGGCUCCAAUACCAACGAAGGCGCCGACUGGUCUUCCAAUAUCGCAGCGCCAUGGGCGAACACCAGAACCCCCAAUGCCACAGAAGACACCGUAUACUUCUUUUUGCAAGGCCAGUAUCAUACCUUUACAAACGAGAGCUUCGUCAAGGCUCUGGAGCUCUACCCGCUCGCGGAUUAUAGCAAUUCGUUUGACUUGCAAGGCCAACAGAUGUAUGGGGAGAUGCGAUAUAUCUGUACAGCCAUUUUGAUUACCGAAGCUGCUAAGCAAUCCGGACUCGACGCGUUCCAGUAUCGGUACGAUAACCCACAUCUCGGUUCGAACCAUGGCGCCGAUCUCGCAGCGCUCUUUCCUUCUUCUUCGUCUUCGGCGAAUGCAGAUGAUUUAGCACUCUUCGAAGCCAUGCGUGAGUAUUGGACAUCGUUUGCGACCGGCGGCACGCCCAUGGCGCAAAAUGAACCAGAAUGGACUGCUAAGGGGAACCCGCGCAUGUUGCUUCAUCCUGGUGGUAUACACCUUGAGAAUAUUACGGACGCGUUGUCUGCCAGGUGCAAUUUCUGGCACGGCCUGAAGGAGGAGAUUAAGAUUUGAUGCGGGCGACAGAUUUCGUUCUUUACCCUCAGCUGUUUGUAACGAGAUUGCUUGCGGUCCUUCCAUAGCCUUAAUUUGAAUGAUCGUCUAUUCAACAGUAUAAGUCUUAGAUCG